AUGAAGUAGGCCCUUCUUCAAACGUUGCUCUGGUGCUCCUGUUCAGUUGUCGUCAAUGUGUCGUUCCUAUUGUAUCGUCGCCUCACAUAUCGACUAGUGGGUAAAGUACAAAUCCUGAUGGAGCUGUGGAAAUCUAAGGUGGUGCUGGUGCACCUCCUGCUGCUGAUGUGCCUGCUGCGCAUCUAUUAUCAGUCCGGACCACUGGCUCCCCUGGAACCGCAGAAGACCUUGCCGGAAAUGGGUCUACCACCACCCGCCGAUCGCCUGGUGGUCUUCCUUCUCGAAGGCCUCCGGGUGGACACGUUUUUUGCGGACAACUGUAGUGGGGCCGCCUACAUACGGGAUAUAAUCAUGCGCCAGGGACUCAUCGGCAUAUCUACGACUAGUGUUCCAACUCUGACCCGUUCGGCGGAAGUCGCCCUCUUUGCUGGUUUCAAUGAGAUGCCAUCCAUACUGCCGACCGACAGUUUCGACACGAUUUUCAAUCGCACUUUGGCUUCCGACAAGGGCGCCGUUCUCAGUAUCUCCAAUCUAUCAGAUCUUCGACUCCGGCUGACGAAACGAGCUUGCUUGGAUAAGUUGAGGAACUCAACUAGGCUGGUGAUGCUCGUAAACCUGGCCGAAGUCGGUGGAGCCAGUCCCUUGGAUAUUGGCUACCAAAAGAAGCUGCACAAUACGCAGCGGAACAUUCGAGAUGCAUAUGAACUAAUUGAGGACACCUUUAAUGACUCGAAGACAGCAUACCUCUAUACCUCAGCACAUGGUCUUACUUAUUUCGGCUCCCAUGGUGGCGGAUCUGAUGAUGAACGGGAGACACCCUUCUUUCUUUGGGGUGCCGGAGUUAAGCACAUGACCCAAAAUAUAACCUCUGACUUUGUGCUCAACAAUGGCGCUAGUCUGCAGCUCCACAGGCUGGACCAGAUCCAGUUGGCUCCUCUGAUGUGCGCCCUAAUUGGCCUACCGCCGCCGGUCAACAAUCUGGCCGUUCUGCCGCAGGGCUACAUGAAGGUGUCGCGGGAAUAUGCGAGGAAGGCCAUACACCUGAAUGCUCUGCAGCUGCUGAGCCAGGCCAAGGCCAUUAUAAGCCGUCACGAGCAAGGAGUGUUCCACAAGUGGCUGCCGAAGGGUGGGGAUCUGGAUCUGCAACAGAUUGCCUACUAUCAACAGCAGAUGGACCACCUCAUCGACAUGGGUUGGCGUAGUAAGGCGCUGGAGACGAGCACCCUGGCCAUCAAGGUGGCACAAAAGUCCCUGAAGUUCUACCAUGGAUACUAUCACAUUCCACUCGUGGUGACCACGGGACUGGCCCUACUGGGCUGGCAACUCUACCUAUUGGUGAAGCUAUCCCGGCAUUCAAUGGACUCGCAGGAGAAGCGCGGCGGCUACCUCACUUGGUACACGAUCUUCCUGGCUUCGCUGGGCCUUUUGCUGGGCGAAAUGGUCUUUUUGCAAUGGGCUCCGUUCCUCACGGUCAUCUGUUUGGUGGUGCCCUUCGGCGUCUGGUGUGUGACCUUGGCCGCCCUACCCCUGAAGGGUGACUGCAUCUUCGAGCCACUGAAGCACCUAAGAUGGAUAGUAGCCCCAGCUGCGGUGAUCAUUGCGGCGCUCUACUGCAGCUGUCCCUUGAGCCUGGCCUAUGUGCUCUGUGUGGGCUUCUACAAUCGACGUGGUUGGGUGCAUCCAUCGGCAAAGUUCCUGGCCUGGCUGGCGCUCGUCCUGCUCCUGGGUGGAUUCCUUUGGACGCAGAAGGGAAUGCAGGUCCUAAUGACCACCAACUACCGUGUGGUCCUGCAGGCGCUCAGCAUGCUGGUGGUGAUUGUGCGUCCCUGUGUCCUUAACGAGAAUCACAAGUGGAAGGUGUGGAUCAUCAACGGAGGAAUACUGGUCGUUGCCGCCAUCGGAAUCUUCAAGGAGAUGGGCAAGCCCAUUCCCAUGUACCUACUAGCUGCCAACUGGGCUUAUCUCAUCUAUGCCUUCGCAUCGGUGCCCUACAGCGCCAGGACCAGUCCCCAAUCUCGCCUAGAAUUGAUUCGCUUCAACUUGCUCACGCUGCAUGUACUAUUGAGUGAUUCAUAUGUCUCCCUCUUCGCCCAGGGUCUGCUCAUCGAGUACCAACUGGGACUCGAGGUGCACGAGGAGUGCGUGGAAGCAGACGAGGAUGUGGAGAUCAAGGUGAAUGGGAUACUCGCUCCCUCAAAGCAUCUGCAGCUGUGCUAUCGCUUCGCGGUGUCCAUCCUACUUUACUUCUACGUAUCCCUGUUCGGAACUGGGCACUGGUUAGGCGGCUUCACCUACUUGGCCAACUCGGCUAGGCUGUUUCUUCCGGAUUCCUGCAGCGGACUAAUGCCGCUACUAGUGCUCAUCCACGUGCUAAUUCCCUCAAUAGUGAUUCUGGCCAGCGUGCGGGCACUGAGCUCCUUUGGAGGACAGGAGCUUCGCUCGAUUUUCUCCAGCUUGAUGCUCAUUUGCAACACCGUCGUUUUAUUCUUCAUAUUGUUUGUUCCCCACAACGCCUACUGGCCAACGGCACAUCCAUCCGUAGUUCAUGCACUUUUGGCCCAAUUGACGGUCGUCCUGCUUCUGGCUUGCGAGUCCAUGGUCACCAUCUUCUUUCGCGGACUUAAGAUGAACAGAUCUUCAGUCUCGAGACAAGAAGCCGAAGCUGAAAUUCAAUCCAAGAGAGCCAUGGCCAGCUGCCCCACGAUGGUCUCAAGUAGUGUCUAAUUGGGGGUGGGGCAUCAAAGUGCUUAGAAAUUAUCGUAAUGUAAAACAAAUUUAUGGUGUACAUGUUUUAAACUUUAUAAAGCUUUCACUAAACUUCUA